UGAUCGUGCACUCUUUGUUCCACACUGCACACAACAUUCCCAGGUUUAAAAUUGCGAAGUUUUGCUGGUCAGCUAGCUAUCUGACGUCAGGAUUACGUACGAAUUGUGCUUCCAGGAUUCCUCGACAACUUGAGGUCCGACUUGGAGUGCUGCAAGAGUUCACUUAUCAAUGAGGAUGAUGCUUCCGAAGCAGUUGUUGACAAUUGGCAUUUUGCUCUUGGCCGUCGGUGCUGUGGUCGAGGGUGCGGACAAUUGGAGAUGGAGAAGGUCGCCUCCCCCUCCUCCCCCCCGUUCUCCUCCUCCUCCCCGUUCUCCUCCUCCUCCCCGUUCUCCUCCCCCUAGAGCAUCUCCUCCUCCUCCUCCUCCACCAUCACCACCACCACCGUCUGCCUCUCCACCGCCACCGCCACCAUCACCACCUCCUCCCCCACCGUCGAGUGGUGCUGAUCCGGUUGACUUCUAUUCAAGUCAGUGUCCUGGUGCAAGAAAUGCAGUCGGCUCGGUCAUUUCUUCUGCCAUAGCCGCAGACAAAGGUCUUCCCGCUGCACUUCUCAGACUGCAGUUCCAUGACUGCUUUGUCAGGGGUUGCGAUGCCUCUAUUCUUCUCCAGUCCAACGAGACUCACGUCGCCGAGAAGGACGGCGUUGGUAAUGCAUUUUCUGUCAGAGGUUACGAAGUGAUCGAUGACGCGAAGACAGCAGUAGAGAGCCUCUGCCCUGGAGUUGUUUCUUGUGCGGACAUCAUUGCACUCUCUGCUCGGGAUGCCAUAGCUGCCAUCGGAGGUCCCUCCUGGAGAGUCGUAUCUGGCCGCCGAGAUGGACUCGUUUCAAACGCCGUGGAGACCCCAAGCAACUUGCCCCCUCCCUUCGCCGACUAUGCUUUCCUUGUGCAAAUCUUCGCCAGAAAAGGAUUCACUGAGAAAGAGAUGGUAGUUCUUUCAGGUUCUCACACAAUCGGUAUCACUCAUUGCGGGUUGCUUGAGGGCCGUCUGUACAAUGGCACUGGACCCAAUGGAGUCGAUCCUACUCUUGAUUCGACUUACGCUGCUCAGCUGAAGCAGCAGUGCCCGUUUGGAGCAGACAUGGUGGAGGUCCAGAUGGACCCUACCAACGGCGGAAACACUUUCGACAGUAUGUACUACACUAGACUCAUGGAGAAGAAAGGACUGUUUAUAUCUGACGACAAUUUAAUUCGAACUGCCAGUGGCUUGGCCUUGGUACAAGCUCAGGCUGCCGACAGCCGUGUUCCAUUCAUUUCAGAUUUCGGAGCUGCAAUGGAGAAGAUGAUAGUUCUCGAAACUCUCACAGCUCCAAAUGGACAGAUUAGGAAAGACUGCAAAUUCAUUAACUAGUAAAAUUUUGACAUCCUUUGAUAUUAUAAACCCGGUCCAUUAGAAACUUUGUUGAGGAUUCAUCAUUUACCCGACUCUUGACUCUUUUCAUUGCAGUCUUGAGCUCGAACUUCACCGAGAUGAACUGUAGCCUUCGAUAGUCAGCAGGUCAAUUCAGAUGACCGAGUUGUAGAGUAAGUUAGCUACCACAAUUCAAGUUUUACUCUGUGCAAGUCAAACAUCGACGAGGAUUUGAUCCUCCAUCACGUCAAUGUGCCUGAAAUUUCAUGUCACACAGCUCUGGAAGCUUGAUUUCAGAUUUGAAACAUUGUCAUCGUCUCUAAA